AAAACUCUUGAGCUUUCUCAUUGCAGUGAAUGUCCCGGAGUCAUUCACUCCUUCCUCAUUCACCCUCCCACUGCACUACCACACAGCUGCCUGGUCAAACCCCAGCCAUGGACGAUGACGAAUAUCGGCUGUUCAUGCAAUCUUAUGAGGAAUCCUUUAACAUGACUGACCCAGGCUAUGUGGUCAGUGAUUCUGUCCAGCUCUGUGAUAAGCAGGCUGUCAACCAAUUUGGCGCGAGAUUCAUCCCAGUUUUUUACUAUGUCAACUUCCUCCUGAGUUACCUUGGUAAUGGGCUCGUCCUAUUCAUUAUCUACAAGUUUGAGAAGCUCUGCACAGUGACGAACAUCUUUCUCCUGAAUUUGGUCCUCUCCAACCUUCUCUUUGCCGCAAGUCUCCCUUUCUGGGCAACUUACCAUCUGUCUGAGUGGAUCUUUGGCCUGGCUCUGUGUAAGAUGGUCAGCAGUGCCUACUUCAUCGGCUUCUACAGCUCCAUCCUCUUCCUCACACUCAUGACAUUUGACCGAUACCUUGCGGUGGUUCACGCAGUGACAGCCGCUAAGAGCAGGAAAAAGGCCUAUGCCAUCAUUGCCUCGGUGGCAGUUUGGUGCAUUAGUAUUGUAGCGAGUGUGAAAGAGCUGAUUCUCCAAAAUGUGUGGAAGAGUCCGUAUAACGGCCUGAUAUGUGAGGAGUCGGGAUACCCUGAGAGCACCAUGGCGCGCUGGCGUCUGGUUAGUUAUUACCAACAAUUCCUGCUCUUCUUCCUCCUCCCUCUGUUCAUGGUGAUGUACUGCUACAUCAGCAUCACUGUGCGCAUCCUAUCCACCCGCAUGAAGGAGAAGUGUCGCGCCAUCAAACUCAUAUUUGUCAUCAUCUUCACCUUCUUUGCCUGCUGGACGCCCUACAAUAUUGUGAUCCUCCUUCGAGCUAUUCAGAUCUCUCGCCCCAUUGAGGGAGACUCGUGUUCUGACGGAGAGAGCCUGGACUAUGCACUGUAUGUGACCCGGAACAUAGCCUACUUGUAUUGUUGCAUUAGUCCUGUGUUUUACACAUUUGUGGGAAAGAAGUUCCAGAGCCACUUCAGAAGGCUGAUGGCUAAGAGGAUCCCCUGUCUGAAGAGACACAUGAGCCUCAACAGCCAGAGCACUAGAACCACGUCACAGAAGACACCGCACUCCGCUUAUGAGUUAUAGACAGACAGCAGACACAGACAAACACACAGAAUUUCACUCCAAACAUGAAGUUCACUCUAUGUCUACUUCCUGCCAGACUCUUCAACACUGUAAAAUCUUAAUUUCAGUUAGAGACAAUCAAAUCUGUCAGCAUUAAAGGUGCAAUAUAUUGGAUUGAAAGCAUGAAUGAAGUGAUGUGUAUGCUAUGUAAAGAUACAGGGGAGCAGAGAAUGAAGUUGGUCUCUCUCUCUCUCUCUCAGUAUUGUAAUCCGACCUUAGAUAAGUUUAUUAGUUUCAUGACUGCAAAACUACGGACUGCUUAACAUCUACUUCUUACAUUAACAUUGUUAGCUUUUAUCCUCCUUUUUUUUUGCAUAUGUUGUGUUUGUGUGUUUGUUUCUCAAGAAAGCCUUCUUAUUUGAAAAAGGUUACAUUAUGAAGGUUUUUAUUAUGUUUCUUUUAACACAUUUGUCUUAUGAGACUCAAACUACUGUUAAAUCAAAUUCAAUAAAAAAA